CAAAUCUUUUGUAGAUCCCCAGAGUUCCGCAAGCAUUCCGCAAGCACAACAAUGGCUUCGUCCACCAUUUCGCUCGUUGUGCGCCCCCGUGGCCGUCCGAUCAAGAACCUGCCCGAGACCAUCACCGUCAGCCCGCAAGACCCUUCUGCGCAGAUCUUUCAGAAGAUUGCGGACGCCUCGAAGUUCUCGCCCCAUCGAUUGAGGAUUACAAAGGGCAGCGAUGGGACGCCAAUCCCCAGCACCGGUGAGGUGACGGUGCACGACACCGGGCUCAGAAACAAGAGCGCAGUCGACGUGAAAGACCUUGGACCCCAAAUCUCAUGGCGUACCGUCUUUAUCGUCGAAUACCUCGGCCCGCUUCUCAUCCACCCUCUCAUGUACUACGCCCGACCGUUGCUCUACCGCACGUCCGACCCACCCUCGGAGCUCCAGAAGCUCUCUCUGAUACUGGUGGUACUGCACUUCUUGAAGCGGGAAUAUGAGACGUUCUUCGUGCACCGCUUCUCGGCUGCCACAAUGCCUGCACGCAACAUCUUCAAAAACAGCGGAUACUACUGGCUGUUCUCGGGCGUAAACAUGGCCUUCUGGACAUACGCUCCUUGGGCACAGACCGCGCGUCCCUCUAACCCGCUCCUGACGUACCUUGGCGUUGCCCUCUUCACAAUCGGCGAAGUGUGCAACUUCAUCACCCACGUCACACUCAGGAACCUGCGCCGCCCAGGCACCACCGAUCGGGGCAUUCCGCAGGGUCUAGGAUUCAACAUGGUCACAUGCCCCAACUACAUGUUCGAAACACUGUCGUGGGUUGGGGUCGCACUAGUCAAUUGGAGCCUUAGCACGGUCGUGUUCAUCAUCAUGGCAGUGGCACAGAUGGGCGCGUGGGCCAAGAAGAAGGAGAAACGCUACCGUCAAGAGUUCGGCGACAAGUACAAGAGGAAGCGAUACGGAAUCCUGCCAGGCAUCUACUAGAUGCGAGGCUCGCUAGUGGCACAGUAGGAGGCAUGAUUGGUUUGGGGUCGACUGGUUGGGCUGGCUAGUGAUCAAUCCGUGAUGGAGCUUAACAGUUCAGGGCUGAGUCAAGGCAUACUCAGGGCAAGGCGACGUGACACAUUGAUAGCGCUCUGCUUCGGCCCGCCUGCCCCACCACCAUGUCCCCCAGUAGCAUGUCGGCGACUGGCCAGAGCAGAGAUCAUACAGCGGCUUAUCGCAGUCGUUUUGUCGUACAAUGCGUACGCCGCUUCCGCCAACACGGAAUAUCUAAUAGCAACAAGUAUUGACCAAUUCAACCCAUGAUCUGUGG